UGGUCAAGACGCCGUCAAUGGAAGCCGGACGGGAGCUGGGGAGCAGCGGCCUUCCCUGGGCGGAAAGAUGGUGUGAGCAGACAGCCCACUUGGCAUGGAGUUGAACCGGCUGCUGCUCUUCACCUCAUUCUUCCUCCACGUCAGAUUGUCUAAGAUGAGUCCCGCACGGCUGAUAUGCGACAGGCGGCUAAUCCAGAAAUACGUCACCGAAGCCGCGGACAUGGAGGAGCAACUGAGACAAUGCGAAAGGCUUCCUUGGCUCACGACACCCGUACACCUUCCCUUGGUGGGCUUUGCUCUCAGAGACUGGACAAGGAAGACCAAUCGGGCCAAAGGACAGGAAGUCCUCCUUGACGUGGAAAAAUUGGUAGAUGGCACCGCAGCAGCCCAAGAGGAGCUGCGGCAGGGAUGCGCCGCGGGACCUCUGCAGAAGCUGUAUGAGAGGAGUCGCUCUUUCAUCCUCCAGCUACGGAACUUCGAGUGGCAGCCGCCCAUUGGAGCACUUCUUCAAGGGCACUGGAAAUACCCUGCUGGAGACGCGAAGAGCUCCAGCACACCUCCCUGCUGGCCAGGAGCAGAAAUGCAGAGGCGGACCAAGCCCAAGCGCACUAGGGGCUCCUAA